CGAUCUCACACUUUGUAUCGCGGCGGCGGCAGCGGCUCGGCUCCACCGGGUUGGGCCCCUUCCCUCCUCGGCCCCCCCCUCCUCCCCCUCCCCUCAGCUGUGAUUCCGGAGGAGUUCGAGACCUGUGGCGAGGCGGCAACAAGCUCUAGGGUUAAAUCACUAUCCUGAAAGUCCAUCCUCCCAAGAAGAAGGGACAGAAAGAAAGAGCUCUUUGUAAGAAAAGCUUGUGUAUCCCAUGAACGAGACAGCGGAAAACCGAUUGGAGUGCAGCAGGACUCCUGAGCCAGAAAUACGGCUCAGAAAAGGGUACCAACCUGAUGGUACAGAGAGAAGUGAUAAUGGCAACUACCAAGGAGAUUUGGAGCCUGUUUUAGAGGCAUCUGCUCUUUCUGCCCAUCAUAAAAAAAGCUCUGAGGAACAUGAAUGUAAUGAUGAAGCUUCUCAGGAAGAGGAGGGAUUUAUGGGAAUGUCCCCUCUCUUACAAGCCCAUCAUGCUAUGGAAAGAAUGGAGGAGUUUGUUUGUAAGGUAUGGGAAGGUCGAUGGCGAGUAAUCCCCCAUGAUGUGCUGCCAGACUGGCUCAAGGACAAUGACUUCCUUUUACAUGGACACCGGCCUCCUAUGCCUUCUUUCCGGGCCUGUUUCAAGAGCAUUUUCAGAAUACACACAGAGACGGGCAACAUCUGGACACAUCUCUUAGGUUGUGUAUUCUUCCUGUGCCUGGGGAUCUUUUAUAUGUUCCGUCCAAACAUCUCCUUUGUGGCCCCUCUGCAAGAGAAGGUGGUCUUUGGGUUGUUCUUCUUGGGGGCCAUUCUCUGCCUUUCUUUUUCGUGGCUCUUCCACACAGUCUACUGCCACUCAGAAGGGGUCUCCCGACUCUUCUCUAAACUAGAUUACUCCGGCAUUGCUCUUCUGAUUAUGGGAAGUUUUGUUCCGUGGCUUUAUUAUUCUUUCUACUGUAAUCCACAACCUUGCUUCAUCUACCUGAUUGUCAUCUGUGUGCUGGGCAUCGCAGCCAUUAUAGUCUCCCAGUGGGACAUGUUUGCCACCCCUCAGUAUCGGGGAGUCAGAGCAGGAGUGUUUUUGGGACUAGGCCUGAGUGGAAUCAUUCCUGCCUUGCACUAUGUCAUCUCGGAGGGGUUCCUGAAGGCUGCCACCAUAGGACAGAUUGGCUGGUUGAUGCUGAUGGCCAGCCUCUAUAUCACAGGGGCUGCCCUGUAUGCUGCCCGCAUCCCUGAACGCUUCUUUCCUGGCAAGUGUGACAUCUGGUUUCACUCUCAUCAGCUAUUCCACAUCUUUGUGGUUGCCGGCGCUUUUGUUCACUUCCACGGGGUCUCAAACCUCCAAGAGUUCCGUUUCAUGAUCGGCGGAGGCUGCAGCGAAGAGGAUGCACUGUGACACCUACAGUAGCCAGGGAUUGGGACCCUGAACCAGUGCCUGCAAGCACCUGCAGGCCUCCCUUCCUGUCCACUGAUGCCAGUAGCAGAGGAGCUCCAAAACUCGGACAGCCUCAUGGGCUUGGUGAUGCCCCAGGGGCUCCACAUGGCACAUGACUGAGAAGAGAAAAACAAAAAUAAAUCAUACCUCAAAGGAUGGAGUGCAUCAAUUAGGAGAAAAGGAGAAAUGGCCCAAACCCUGACAUAUUCGUGGGAUGUACUGAUUUAAGGGCUCUGCAGAACCCUUGGCAAACUGGCUUCUGAUCUGUAUCAUAUUUAUUUGUUGAAGAUGGAGAAACAGUUUAGCUGGCGGUUCAUCCUUCUCCCUUUCUCCCUCCUUAAAACAAUAAUACAAACCAAUUUAGGUGAACAUUUAUAUCUUAUUAAGUGGUGGGAGUGUGAUUUUAGAUGCUGUUUUGGGAGAACAAACAAUGUAAAUAAGAUUUCUAACUUACUGUUUAAAUAAGAAUUUAUAUAAAUGUUUAAAACACAGGGGUAGGGGAGGGAGGGAGAAUUUUUGUAUAGGAUGAAACAUGCAAGUACCACACACUGUUUCAAUUUUGCACAAAGUGACUGUAGGAGGAUCAGGUGGUAGCCCCAGAAUGUAUAAUGCCUUGGUGCACCAAGGUGCCUUCUGAAGGCUGACAUACCUUGGACCUCGGUGGGGCAGAGAGUACAGCCCCAGCCCAGUGAUCACAUGACCACUCUCAUGGCUGAGAGCUUUCGGGAGUCCUGAGGUAGAGGGAAUUGGUAUGUGUGUUCUCAGUGGAAGCAGCACGUGAGUGGCUAGCAGGAUGUUACAUAAAGGCUCUAGUUUAGAUGUCCUUGGAGAGACUGACUUCUUUUUUAUGUUGAUGACCCUUUAAGGAAUAGAGCCACCUGCCUCAGAAAGUCAUUUAUGCUGGUAGAGGGGAAGCUCUGGAGACAUUAGCACAGGGGCUGAUCUGAUUACUUCUGGCAUCCUGUUCAGUUUUUUGGUGAUUUUUAUCUGAUUAUAGGGUUGUCACAGUUUUCCAUAUCCUUGUUGUAGAGCUUUGCAAUACCCUGGAAAUUCCCCUCUAUUAAAAUCACUGCCCCAACUACCCUUCUUCCUCCUGGGACUAAAAGUCAUCUUUUUCUCAGCAUCAUUUUUCUUGGCAUGGAGCCAGCCACAAAACUCUGCCUUGUCCAGGUGCCUCCUGAGCUCAUUUACCUAGGUUGGAAGAACGCUUCCUUUGGAUUAGGAAAAUGAUUUUUACCUGGUACCUUGGUGAGCCUCGGUAUGACAGACAUAUCAGCUCUCCUUGAACAGAAAAGCCAGGAGAACUCUUGUGAAGCAGGGCCCAGUACUCAACGUGGAGUAUCAGCAUUCCCUUAUAAGGGAUAGUGUGGUGGGAAGUUAUAAAAGGAAAGUUGUAUGUUGUCAGGGAGUCUGGUAGAACCUUUAAAACUGUAUCUUUGAAGGGCUGCCAGAAGUAAAAGAAAGACUGCUUGUGUCUUUACCCUGUUAUGGUGUCAGGCAGAGUGGUGGGGGAAGGCUCUGGUUCAUAGCCUGGUAGGGGAACUCGCAUCUUGGCUCAUACUCAAGCCACCCAAGUAGCACUCGAGUCUUAGGUUACUUACCCUCAUCAGGUGAUUGUUACAUCCUGGGGAUUGUGGGUGCUAGGACUAAAUAUUGAGGUCCUAAGCUUGUAGGCUGGCAUCCUCAACCAGAUGUUUGGGAAUAUGGAAGGGUCUCCUAUUUAUUCCGGAUAGGGUUUUCUUGGGUCUUUUACUCUUUUCUUUCCCUUUCCAGUUUCCAGCAAAAGCUGGGAACCAGGAAGAAAGAAUCCAUUGUAGAACUUGGGAAGAACUUAAGAGUAUUUUGGGUCUGGAUAAGGUCACUGCCCUGGGUGCUAGGUGGACCCAACAAAAGUGGGUAAAUUGGUUCAGUGCCUAACAGAAUAAACAGUAUUACUCCAUUUGAGGAGACAGUCCAGUAGGACAGUGGCCAUCUGGAAGGAAGCUCACUUAGUUCCACAGACACAACAGCACAUAUCAGAAGCCAGACUUGCUCUUCGGUCAUGCACGUGGGAUAUGGGGUGUCAGAUGCAGCCUUGAAACAACACCAACAGAGGUAGCAGUCUCUGGGCCCCAUCACCCCACACCCCAAAGGAGGAGCUGAAUCUGGUUCAACAUAGCACAAACCCCUAGGAACAUGAAAUUUAACACCGAUGUAUAAUCCAGUAAAAAUCUCUUUAGGGUGUGUGUGUGGGUGUGUGUGUGCUCAUUUAUAUGUGUGUGUCUGUGUGCAACUCACUACCAACAGCCUCGCUGCACUUGGUCUUACAGUGCUCGCUGAGAACUCUCACCAGGUUGGCGCCUGAAUGCCUUACUCUCAGCUGUCAGAGGCUUGCUUGCUCUGCAGAUUUUUAAUUUUCUUUUUUGGCCCUAGGCUGAUUAGGACCUCUGCGGCUUCAUUCUCUCACCAUUAAAUAGUGGCCUUUUUCAGUAUUUUUCCCCUUACCCUUUAUAAAUUGCUGAAGCCACAAAGCACAUGCUGGGGAUCGUAGAAGGCUGGGGUCUCGGAAAGGCAUCUGCGACGGCGCCGUUCACCAGGGGGUGGCCCUUGCUGUGUUCUCAACUUCUAAUAAAAUGAACCAAAUGGAAUAGGAA